GUGUGGCCCACCAGUGUUACCACGGAUUUAUCAAGGCAGUGCAAGAAGGGAAUAUCCAGUGGGAGAGUCGCACUUAUCCCUAUCCUGGCACCCCCAUCACCCAGCGCUUCUCACACAGUGCGUGUUACUAUGACCCCAACCAGUCCAUGUACGUGUUCGGGGGCUGCACCCAGAGCAGCUGCAAUGCUGCCUUCAACGACCUGUGGAGACUCGACCUCAACAGCAAGGAGUGGAUCCGGCCCCUGGCGUCAGGUUCCUACCCCUCCCCCAAGGCUGGGGCCACCCUGGUGGUCUACAAGGACCUGCUGGUGCUUUUUGGGGGGUGGACACGGCCCAGCCCUUAUCCCCUGCACCAGCCCGAGAGGUUCUUCGAUGAGAUCCACACGUACUCACCCUCCAAAAACUGGUGGAAUUGCAUCAUGACCACCCACGGCCCCCCUCCCAUGGCAGGACACUCCUCCUGCGUCAUCGAAGACAAGAUGAUUGUGUUUGGGGGAUCUCUUGGAUCUCGGCAGAUGAGCAACGACGUCUGGGUGCUGGAUCUGGAGCAGUGGGCCUGGUCCAAGCCCAACAUCUCCGGGCCCAGCCCUCACCCACGUGGGGGCCAGUCUCAGAUCGUCAUCGACAACGAAACCAUCCUCAUCCUGGGGGGCUGCGGUGGCCCCAACGCUCUCUUCAAGGACGCCUGGUUGCUGCACAUGCAGGCCAACCCCUGGACGUGGCAGCCGCUCAAGGUGGAGAACGAGGACCACGGAGCGCCAGAGCUGUGGUGCCAUCCUGCCUGCAGGGUGGGGCAGUGUGUGGUGGUGUUCAGCCAAGCCCCCAGCGGGCGGGCCCCGCUCAGCCCCAGCCUCAACUCACGCCCGUCGCCCAUCAGCGCCACGCCGCCCGCGCUGGUGCCGGAGCCGCGGGAGUACCGCUCGCAGUCCCCGGUGAGGAGCACGGACGAGGCUCCCUGCGUGAACGGCCGCUGGGGCACCCUGCGCCCGCGGGCACAGCGGCACACGCCGGCGGGGUCGCGGGAGGGCAGCCUGUCCCCGGCCAGGGGGGACAGCUCCCCCGUGCUCAACGGGGACAGCGCGUCCCCCGGCGCCUCCCUGGACAGCCCGGUGCAGGCGCUGUCCCCCGGCACCCCCUCGGCCGCCGAGAGCCUCGAGCUGCGCGUGGGGCCGGCGCCGGGGCCGCGCCGGGGGUCGCUGCCGGAGCACAAGGAGCUGCGGCUGGGCGCGGAGCUGGGCUGGGAGCAGAGGCCCGCGGCGCUGCUGUGCCAGCUGGACGGCGCGGAGGGCAGGACGGGCGUGCGCAACCCCCCCGAGCACACCAACGGCCUGCACACCCCCCCGCACGUGCCCGGCUCCCUGCCCGUGUCCCCCGGCGCGCUGCGACGCAGCCUCGAGGCCGUCAAGGCCUUGGCCUCCAAAGCCGCCUCGGCCUCCUCGGCGCUGAGUCCCCCCCCGGCGUCGUCCCCCGGCUCCCCCGGCGCAGAGCCGGGCGCGGCCGCGCGGGCGGGCGCGGCCCAGGGAGACGGGCACUCCCUGCCGCCCAUCGCCCGGCGCCUCGGCCACCACCCGCCCCAGUCCCUGAACGUGGGCAAGCCCCUGUACCAGAGCAUGAACUGCAAGCCCAUGCAGAUGUACGUGCUGGACAUUAAGGACACCAAGGAGCAGGGCAGGGUCAAGUGGAAAGUGUUCAACAGCAGCUCCGUGGUGGGACCCCCCGAGACCAGCUUACACACGGUGGUGCAGGGCAGGGGGGAGCUCAUCAUCUUCGGCGGCCUCAUGGACAGGAAACAGAACGUCAAAUACUACCCCAAAACAAAUGCCUUGUACUUUGUGCGAGCGAAGAGAUAAUGCGGCCCCAGCCCGCCGCCAUCCCCGUCCUGCCCCUUCCCGCGGCUCCUCCCGCUCCUUCCCGGCCCUCAGCCCGUCACACAGCGACCAAACUGUGAAUUAGGGAGCAGGAAACCAAUAAAAGUGCAAGCAAA